GCGCCGGAGAGGGGCGGGAGCAGGUCCCAGAAGAUGGCGGAGGCGGGGGAUUUCUGGUAUGUCCUCUUUUAGGACAAGAUGCUGUGACUGUAGAAACGCCAGCCUGCUGCGAUUAACAGACAGUUGGCUUUUCGGCUGGGAAGUGGUUUUUUUUGUUGUUUUUUUGUUGUUUUUUUUGGUCUUACCAGUUUACUGAACUUAUGAAAUCAUGGCAGAAGGAGAGACGGAGUCGCCUGGGCCCAAAAAGCGUGGCCCCUAUAUUUCAUCUGUCACUAGCAGGAGUGUGAACUUGAUGAUUCGCGGAGUGGUGCUGUUUUUUAUUGGAGUAUUUCUCGCAUUAGUGUUAAAUUUACUCCAGAUUCAGAGAAACGUGACACUCUUUCCACCCGACGUGAUCGCAAGCAUCUUUUCUUCAGCAUGGUGGGUGCCCCCGUGCUGUGGCACGGCCUCAGCCGUGAUUGGGUUAUUAUACCCCUGCAUUGACAGGCAUCUAGGAGAACCACAUAAAUUUAAAAGAGAGUGGUCCAGUGUGAUGCGGUGCGUAGCCGUCUUUGUCGGCAUAAAUCACGCCAGUGCUAAAGUGGACUUUGAUAACAACAUCCAGUUAUCUCUCACCCUGGCUGCACUCUCCAUUGGACUGUGGUGGACCUUUGAUAGGUCUAGAAGUGGUUUUGGCCUUGGAGUAGGAAUUGCUUUCUUAGCAACCUUGGUCACUCAAUUGCUAGUCUAUAAUGGUGUAUAUCAAUAUACAUCUCCAGAUUUUCUCUAUGUUCGCUCUUGGCUACCGUGUAUAUUUUUUGCUGGAGGCAUAACAAUGGGAAACAUUGGUCGACAACUGGCAAUGUCCUCACAUGUCACUCCUAGACCUUCUGGGAAUGUCGACCCAACCAGAGUCUGACAGUGGCAGUUCUGUUUUGAAACAGUCCUUUUCUGCGUUUACAAAAGCCCGAGAUUUUCCAGCAGGACAUUACAGAGAGACAAAGUGCUACCCCAUCAUUUUAGGAUUGGCUGGCUGCGGCUGAUGUGCGUGGGCUGCGCAUUGGCCCGGGGAGCCUGUGGACUGACAACCUGAAGAUGAAGCUUAAAGAUGUUUGUAAAGACAAAUCUUUGUGGAAUUUCCUGUGCCCGGGACCUAGUGUGUGUCAGUGUCAUGCCUGUCUAAGAGAAAGCAGGUCAGAACACAUCAAAGCAGAUCUUUCCAGAAUGUAUGUAAAAUUCAUAAUAAGGUAGAGUCAGGUUCAGCUUUCCUUCCAGAAAGAAUAAAUCAGUGAGCCUUAAAUGUUUGAUGGUAUUAGUUCUGGUUCUGGCUCCAGCUAACUGUAAAGGGGCUGGGCUGUGUAAUCCCUCUCUCCCCGGGGGAUAUGACAACGAGAUACAGGUGAUCACUGGUAGUGUCCGCCACGGUUGUUGUAAAGCGUGUUGUAGCAUUUUCUGCCCGCUAGCCUGUUUUCCCUCCUAAGUGAUUCGUAGUGGGCACACCUAUGAGAAAAUAGAAUACUUGGUG